GGGUUUGUUUACUUAAUGACUGUAAGUAAAGAACAAACUGGUCAUGGGGUAGAUAUUUAUUUGCAGGACAUGAUUGAGGCACCCGGUGACGACAAUUCCAGUGAAGAAGAUGACGAUGAGAGUUCCGAGGAAGAGGGUACCCCUAAGAAGGUCGAAAACUCCAUUAAAAGAAAAGCAGAUUCUGCUUCAAAAACACCUAAUCCUGAAAAAAAGGCUAAACUCGUUACUCCAGCUGGGAACCAGAAAACAGGUUCUCUUGUCAUCCUGGUUUCUUGUGUUCAAUUAGAAUCAU